AUGACCCCCAGGGGCUCAGGCAGGAAUCCCCUCCACCCCAGCCACCCGCUCCCAGCCCUGCGGGGUGACCUCAGCGUCGUCUGUCACGUGGGGAUAAUCACGCUCCCUUACCCAAAACACCGUCCGCCGCUCAGCCUUGCUGUCUGCCUCCCACUGCAAGAGACGCCCUCCCUGCUCCAGCCCUGCCCUGUGCUGGGGACGCUGAGGCACACACAGUGUCGGGGCCGCAUUGCUGUGCUCUUCCCGCAGGCCCCCGUUCUCCCGCCAGGGCCGCCGAGGGAGACCGUGAAUGAGGCGAAGGCGGCCCUGCGGAGCAUCAAGCAGUACAGGCUCUUCCAGCGGCAGCAGUUCCCGUUCAUCGCCGCCCUGGAGCACUGCAGGGAGGACGCCCACGACAAGAUCCGGCCCAUCGCCAGCAUCGGGCAGCCCAGGGCCUCUGGUCUGUUGUGGUUACACGGCAGGGCAGGCUCCUCCCCACCGUCCUGGCGGCUGUCAGAGGCUCCUCCCCUUUACAAAGCCGCUGGACUUGGAAGGAACCACUCAGAUCAUUUGGGAAGACAGCCCCAGCACAGAAAGGCAGCUGGUUUUGACUUGGGACUUUGCAGCUGCUGGAGGAGGGAGGAGAGGCCCCCAGCCUCCCCACCGGGCUCAGGUCGCAGAGGGGAAGCACCCACGAAAUGGGCCAGGAUGCUCCGGAGAAGAGCCGCCAUUCCCAAGGGCAGGGUGCGCAAGGCCGUGAGCCGUGUCUCCGCUCUGAGCACCGUCAGUGACGUCAGGAAGGGUUCCCAACUCCUGCAUCUGAGACACGUUCCCACGGGGGCUGUAGUUCGGUUUCGGGGGCGACUUAGAUUCUGUACUCUUUGCUUCCUCGGGGGCGACCGUCCAGAAUAAAAAAUGUUCUCCCACC